GUUUUUUUUUUUUUUUUUGGUUGUCACUGUUGCCAUAUGAUUUUUAUUGAUCAGUUAGUCCUGACCAUAACAAAAUUACUUUCUCUCAAAAAGUCCACCUUUUAACUUAAACUUUUAUAUGUGGCUUCUGUACUGAGUUUAUUUUACACAUUUUUACAUUUAAGGUCAGAGGAUAUGGGUUUCACUCUCAACUUCAUACUUGUGUUUUGUCAUUUCAGCAAAGCUGACUUCAUUCCUUCAACUUCAAAACAAAAGAUGAGCAUUUCUAGCCUUGAUGAUGUCCUGCAGGCCAUAUCUGCUGCUGUUAACAACGAGGAAGAAUUUCCUCUCACUGUAUCAAGAUCCCAUGUGGUGGAGCGGGGCCUUGCUCAAUGGAAGCGACAAAAGAAGGCAUUGCCUACCAGUCGGUUAAAAAUCAGGUUCAUAGGGGAGGCGGGCCUUGAUACAGGGUCGCUACGGAAGGAGUUCCUCACAGAGAUGGUUGCAGGGAUUGAGCAGAAGCUGUUUGAAGGUGACCAGACUGGAAAAUGUCCCAAAUAUUCCAUGUUGGAUCUUGAUCAUGCAAAUUUCAGAAGUGCUGGUGAAAUCUGGGCUGCAAGUCUGGCUCAAAGCGGACCACCACCCUGCUGCCUCAAACUUUGGUGCUACAAGUACUUGUGUGAUGGGGAGAUACAGAUUCAGCACAUUUCCAAAGAGGAUGUCUCUGAUGCUGAGUAUACAUCACUUCUCUCCCAGGUUGAGUCAGCCACAGAGGCUACAAUGACUGAACUGAUUGAGGACAUUUUGAGCUGUGGCUAUAAUGGACCUGUUAAUGUUGAAAAGAGGGAAGAAAUUCUUCGUGCUGUUGUUCUUCAUGCCAUACUUCGGCUGCUGCCCCUUCUCUCCCAGCUAGGUGAAGGUCUGAAACUUUAUGGUCUCGCUGAUCUAAUGAACCAAUACCCAAACAUCUGCCAACCACUCUUUGUCCCUGGGAUAGAGGUGAAGGCUGAUGCUGACUUUGUCUUUGCGGCUUGCCAACCUGAGUUCAGCGAGAAGGGCUCCAACAAAGAACAGGUGUAAGUGAGCGUUAUGAACCAUCUACAGGACAUCUACUGGAAGCAUGUGAACAUCCAGAGGUGGGUGACACAGUAGACUAUCCAGGUCACCUGUCCCCCAGUACGUUUCUCCAGUGGCUCACAGGACAGGGCCACAUUCCUGUCUUACCAGAAGAGAAGAGAAACUUCAGAGUCUUUGUGCAGUUCAAUCACACCUGUGACAUCCAGUAUGGUUCACAUACAGUUUGCUACCCAACAGUCGCUGCAUGUAUCCACCUUCCUGUUAAGCAUAUGCAAACUUCUACUGAGUUCAAACAAGUGAUGACAGAGGCCUUCCAUCUCGGGCAGGCAUUUCAUCAGGUUUAAGUGAAAUGUUGCAGUUUCAAAUAUGCAGUGCUAAUUAGACUAC